AUGUCCAUCAUUCUCAUCACCGGAGGAAACCGAGGCAUCGGAUUCGGCAUCGCCCAAGCGAUUGUAGGCCGUAUACCUUUGUCAACCAUCAUUCUGGGCUGCCGAAGACUCGAGGCAGGCUAUGAGGCCAUUGAAACGCUGCGAGGGCAGGGCGUCUCAUCUCCGCUAGAUGCGGUGCAGAUUGAUAUCGAGGAUAUUCAGAGCAUAACGGCGGCGGUCGAGGCUCUGGAUAAGAAGUAUGGAAGGCUAGAUGUGCUCAUCAAUAAUGCUGCGAGCCUUCAGCUGCCUAAAACUGAGAAUCUCGUUGAGCUCAAGGAGUGCUCCAACCUCAACUUCAACAACUGUGUUACAUCCAACAUCCUCGUGACCAAGGCAUUUAUCCCGCUUCUCCGGAAGAGUUCCUGGCCGAGAGUCAUUAUGAACUCUAGCGCUAGAGGGAGUCUCGGUCGUACAGCAAGCAGAGAGCUUCCACCCGUAGCUCUAAUCGACUACUGCGUUUCCAAAGCUGCGCUGAACAUGCUGACGCUGCACUAUCAAAUAACCGAAGAUAACUACAAGGACGAAGGGGAGAAGGUUACAUUCUGGAGCGUCAGUCCCGGCCAUACGAAGACUGCAUUCAAUAAUUACCGUGGCAAAAAAGAUCCGGUCGAUAGUGGUGAGGCGUUUGUGAGAUUGCUGGAAUCUGAAAAGGGCGCUAUUGCUCCGGGCACGUUUUGGGAGUUUGAAGACGGAAAAUUCCAGGAGGUUCCGUGGUAA